GGGAAGAGGGGGUGAUGGGCCGUGAGGGAGAGAUGAGGAGGAGGAGGAGACGGAGCUGCAGUCCAGACGCUUCACGCUUUCAUUUCUUCCAGAAAGUUCUUGUGAAGCUCCACCAUGAGGACUGAAGUUCUGCUGCUGCUGCUGGCCUCAGGUCUCUGCUGCGUCCUGGUCUGUGCUAGCAAGGCUCGGGUGGAGGAUGAGGACCAGAGAGGGGUUCAGGCUCUGGGACAUGGACGACCGGAGGAGGCGGAAGUGUCGGACGAGCCAGCGGAGGAGGUGAAGGAGGUGAAGCCCAAGAAGAAGAAGACCCCAGAGGAGGUAGAAGCAGCGAAGGCCCGCAAGGCAGCGGAGAAGGAGGCCAAGGCCAAGAAGCAGAAGACCCCAAAGCCCACCAAGAAGCCCAAAGCUCCGAAGCCCACAAAGAAACCCAAACAGCCCAAACCCACCAAGAAGCCCAAGGCCACCAAGAAGCCGAAGACCCAGACCACCACGGUGCUGCCGGACACCAUCAGAACCACGUCCGGACCAGAGGCCGGAGUGGUGACAGAGCUGGACUGGGACUUGAUUUUCCAGCCAGUGACGCCGCAGCGACCCGUGGAGGCGGUGACGUGGGUGGAGCCAGUGGAGCCGGACCUGGUUCGCAGGAAGGUCACACCCACUCCAGAGGUCAUCCUUUACGUGCCAGAGGAGACCUCGAUGGCGCCCCCCGUUAUCCCCUGGUACGAGGAGUACGACUACGCAGACCUGGCUGCCAAGAAGCAGGAAGAGGAAGAGGAGCGGGCUCGCCAGGAGAAGGCAGAGAAAGCUGAGCGUCUGAGAAAGAUGUGGGAGGAAGAGGAAGAGGAGCGGCUGAAGCAGAUGCUGCCUCCUCCGGAACCCAAGAAGUGUCCACCUCUGGGUAUGGAGUCUCACCGGGUGGAAGACGACCAGCUGCUGGCAUCCUCGCAGUCUCAUCACGGAUUCUCGGCUCAGAGGGGCCGCCUCAACAUGCAGGGCUCCCCCAAAGAGGAAGACCUGUACGGAGGUGCCUGGUGUGCUGAGCCUGAGGAGUCCACUCACUGGUUCGAGGUGGACGCCCGGCGGGAGGUGGAGUUCUCCGGUGUCAUCACGCAAGGCCGCAACUCCGAAACUCUUGAGGACUUUGUUUCAUCCUACUACGUUGCGUUCAGCAACGACAGCCGGGACUGGACGGUCCUGCACGACGGGUACGCCGAGUGGCUGUUUUAUGGGAACGUGGACAAGGACACGCCGGUGAUGAACGAGUUUUCCUGGCCAGUCGUGGCUCGAUAUAUCCGCAUCCUUCCUCAGAGCUGGAACGGCAGCUUGUGUCUCCGGGCCGAGAUCCUGGCGUGUCAGCUGCCGAGCAGCCACCGCAGCGAGAACGACGUGACCCCGACAGACGACCUGGACUUCCGGCAUCACAACUACAAAGACAUGAGACAGAUGAUGAAGGUGAUCAACGAAGAGUGUCCCAACAUCACCAGGAUCUACAACAUCGGGAAGAGUUCGCAGGGCCUGAAGAUGUACGCCAUGGAGAUCUCCGACAACCCUGGAGAGCACGAGACGGGUGAACCUGAGUUCCGGUACACAGCAGGUCUCCACGGCAACGAGGCACUGGGUCGGGAACUUGUCCUUCUUCUGAUGCAGUUCCUGUGCAAGGAGUACAACGACAACAACCCUAGAGUGCGCCGCCUGGUGGACGGAGUGCGCAUCCACCUGGUGCCGUCACUGAACCCAGACGCCUAUGAGCUGGCCUAUGAGAUGGGUUCCGAGAUGGGGAACUGGGCUCUGGGUCACUGGACCGAAGAAGGGUACGACCUGUUCCAGAACUUCCCGGAUCUCAACAGCAUUUUGUGGGGAGCGGAGGAUCGGGGCUGGGUCCCUCGAGUCGUCCCGAAUCAUCACAUCCCGCUGCCGGAGAACGCCCUCAAUGGCUCUAUCGCAGUGGAGACCAAAGCUGUCAUAUCCUGGAUGGAGAGAACCCCCUUCGUUCUCGGGGCCAACCUUCAGGGAGGCGAGAAGCUGGUGGCGUACCCCUUCGACAUGCAGCGCCCUCCGCCGUCCUUCACAGACAGUCAGAGGUGGAGGACCAACGGUGAGAUGAACGAGGAGACAUGGGCUCGUAUCCAGCGACAGAACGAGGGGGCGCUGAGGGAGACCCCGGACGAUGCCAUGUUUCGUUGGCUAGCCAUGUCAUACGCUCACAGUCACCUGACCAUGACGGAGACGUACCGAGGGUCGUGCCAGGGCGAUGAUGUCACAGGCGGUCAGGCCAUAACCAACAGAGCAGCCUGGAAGCCUGUGGUGGGAAGUAUGAACGACUUCAGCUACCUGCACACCAACUGCUUGGAGCUCUCCGUCUUCCUGGGCUGCGACAAGUUCCCACAUGAGAGUGAACUUCCUCUGGAGUGGGAGAACAACCGAGAGUCUCUGCUCUCCUUUAUGGAGCAGGUGAAUCGAGGGAUCAAGGGCGUGGUGAGAGAUGUGGAGGGGAACCUGGUGGGAAACGCCACCAUCUCAGUGGAGGGAAUCAGACACGAUGUCAAAACAGCGUCAAGCGGAGACUACUGGCGUCUGCUGAAUCCUGGCGAGUACAAGGUGACGGCCCGAGCUGAGGGCUACACGCCACAGACCCGCCUCUGUCAGGUGGGCUACGACUCUGGCGCCACCACCUGCAGCUUCACCUUGACCAAGUCCAACUGGGGCCGCAUCCGGCAGAUCAUGGCGCUUAACGGCAAGCGGCCCAUCCGACUGGUCACCAGGACCAGCGUGAAGACGACCACGCAGCCGCCGGUGACCACCACCACGCUGGACGCGCACGCCGCCGCGCAGCAGGCCGAGCGACUGCGCAGGCUGCGGAUACUGCGGCUGCGCAGACUGCGGCUGUUGAGGCUGCGUGGUGGUUCCAACAUCACCCCAGUCAGCACCACAGCACCCACCACAACGACAACCACACGACCGCCAACCACAACACCACAGAGCACCACCUCCUGGUACGACUCCUGGUUUCCGGUGGACUUGUGGUCCACUGAGAACCCGUUCGACAGCGUCUUUGACUCGGUGCCCACGCAGGACUACACCUUUGAGUUCACCAUCGACUGACUCAAGUCCACUUUUCAGUCUCUGCCACGCAGGGAAACAGUUCAGCGUCCUGGCAAUAUCGCCAACAUUUGUAUCGGGUUUUCAGUAUAAAACAUUCAAAGUAAAAUGACUUUUGGACACAAAGUUGAAAACUAUUUUAUAAAUAAAACUAAUAAAACGAAAACAUCCUUUAAACUUUAGCAUUAGAAUGUUUCUGCU